UCCUAAACCCGUUAGACGCAGACGCGCAGAGAGACAGAGACAGACACAAAACCCAGAUCCCCCUCUUUCCUCAACCAAAAAAAAUUAACGCCAUAUCCGACUUCUUUCUCUCUCCUCUCCUCUCUUCGGCCCUCUUUCUCUCUCUACAUUUUUCUGAUACAAUGUAGGAAGAAGAAGAUACCCCAUUGUUGAUUGAAAGCUAAGUCUUUCUAUCUCUCCCUCUCUCUCUCCCUCUGAUGCACACAACAAAUAAGUGUGAAAGUGUAAGUUUGAAAGUGAAAGCUAAGUCUCUCAGAAGCACUUUCCGUAGAAACCCAGCAAAAUCCAUUCCUUCUGGUUCCUCAACAUUCACUCUCUCUCUCUCUCUCUCGCGGGGCUUGGUUAUUUAAUUCCUCUGGGGAUUCUGUGAUUUGGGCAUUCGAGCUGAGAUGGGUUUUGCGUUUCGGAGCAAUGUGGGUUGAAUUGGAGGGGUUUUAGGUAUCGUUUUUGGAUCUUGAGAAACAAUGGCGUUGUUUAGGAAGUUCUUCUACCGGAAGCCGCCGGAUGGGCUUUUGGAGAUAUCUGAGAGGGUUUAUGUUUUUGAUUGCUGUUUUACCACCGACGUUUUGGAAGAAGAUGAAUAUAAAGUCUACAUAGGAGGCAUAGCAGGACAACUGCGUGAUCAGUUUCCUGAUGCGUCAUUCAUGGUCUUUAACUUUCGAGAUGGAGAAAACCAAAGCCUGCUUUGCAGCAUAUUGUCUGAGUAUGACAUGACAAUAAUGGACUAUCCUCGCCACUACGAAGGUUGCGCACUACUCACAAUGGAAGCGAUCCACCACUUCCUGAGGUCAAGUGAAAGCUGGCUUUCACUUGGGCAACAUAAUGUGCUCUUGAUGCAUUGUGAACGAGGUGGUUGGUUGGUAUUGGCAUUCAUGCUGGCUGCACUCUUGAUUUACAGGAAGCAGUACACUGAGGAGCACAAGACGUUGGACAUGAUUUACAAGCAAGCACCUAGGGAACUUUUGCAGUUAAUGUCACCGUUGAAUCCCAUGCCUUCGCAACUGAGGUAUUUGCAGUAUAUAACAAGAAGAAAUGUGGGAUCAGAAUGGCCUCCACUGGAUAGGGCGCUUACGUUGGACUGCAUCAUCAUUAGAUUUAUUCCUAAUAUGGAUGGAGAGGGAGGUUGCCGUCCAAUAUUUAGAAUAUAUGGACAGGACCCUUUUAUGGCUGCUGAUCGAACUCCUAAAGUUUUGUUCUCAACUCCAAAAAGGAGCAAAUUAGUACGACAUUACAAGCAGGCAGAUUGUGAACUAGUUAAAAUUGAUAUACAUUGCCAUAUCCAAGGUGAUGUGGUUCUAGAGUGUAUUAGUCUGGAUAGUGAUCUGGAACGCGAAGAGAUGAUGUUUCGGAUAAUGUUCAAUACGGCCUUUAUAAGGUCCAAUAUUUUGAUGCUUAAUCGUGAGGACAUAGACAUCUUAUGGAAUGUUAAGGAUCAAUUUCCCAAGAAUUUCAGAGCAGAGGUUCUUUUCUCGGAGAUGGAUGCUGCUUCUUCUCUUAUAUCUAUUGAUUUGCCUGGUAUGGAGGAGAAAGAUGGCCUUCCUGUGGAAGCUUUUGCAAAAGUUCAGGAGAUUUUUAGCAACGUAGAUUGGCUAGAUCCAAAGGCAGAUGUAACGCAUGUGCUCCAGAAGAUUGCCUCGUCAGGCGUUCUUCAUAAACUGGAUAGUGCUUCUUUGCAUAAUGUAGAAACGGGCAGCUUGUUGCUGGACUCAACUCCUGAAAAACUUAAAUCAGAAGUGAAGUCAUCAGAAAAUGAUAUCAAUAGUCCCACAUUCAUGGCUCAGGGGAAACAUGAUAGUGCUUCUGGUUAUACUACAGAGACAGGGAGGUUUUCGCUUGAAUCAAUUCCUGAAAAACUUCAUUCAGAAGAUAAAUCAAUAGAAAAUGAUGUCAGGAGUCUCACAUCUGUGGCUCAGGGAAAGCAUGAUGGUGCUUCUGCUCAUACCACAGAGACAGGCAACUUACUGUUAGAAUCACUUCAUGGAAAAGUUAAAUCAGAACCAAAGGCAUCAGAAAAUGUUAAUAAAUCAGAAGUGAACUCAUCAGCAACUGAUAUCAAGAGUACCACAUCUAUGGCUCAGGGGAGACAUGAUAGUGCUUCUGCUCAUGCUACAGAGACAGCCAACGUGUUGGUAGAAUCACUUCCCGAAUGCCGCAAAACAGAACCAAGGGCAUCAGAAAAUAGUAUCAAGAGUCCUCCAUAUAUGGCUCUUGGGAAACUAUCUAUCACCAACAUUCAACCGUCUCUAGACAGCGGUUUAAUCAGAAAAAAGAUUGAACCCCAAGACCUACAAGCUGCUCUCCUACACCCUACCCAUUCUAAAAUCAUAUCUCAGAGAGCACGUCAAGGUUCCCUAUCUGCACCAGUUUCAUUUUGUAAUUCCUUGCAAGGAUCGCCUGUGCCGAUAUCAAGAUAUCAAAGUGCACCCUCAGCUCUUGGCAUUACAGCUCUGUUGCAGGAUCAUGCUACAUAUAAUAGGGAAGACCAAAUCCGACAGCCUGAAACUGUAUCUCCCCCAUUGCAUGCCACAUUAGCUCCUGAUUUAACUCUACGGUCUCUACCUAAAUCUGUCCAACCUGGUAAGUUGUAUUUUCCCGCACCACCACCUUCUUCGUUGCAGUUUUCUGGGCUUGCAACUGUAGAAAAGGUUUCUGUUGCUACUCCACCUUCUCCUCUGCCACUAGAACUUCUACAACAAACUUCAAAUUCCCCAGAGUCUUUGCUUAACGAGCACACUAAAACUACAUUACAGGGUAAAGGUCAGUUAGCAUCUGUUCCUCUUCCCCCUCCACCUCCACCUCCACCUCCACAUCGUAGUCAGUCAGUGACAUCUUCAUCCUCUGACAGCAAGGGCUCAGUUUCAAUUCCCCCUCCCCCUGCACCUCCUCAUUUUUCAGGGGCAUCUCCAUCUUCCCCUGUCAAGAACUCAAUUUCAGCUCCCCCUCCCCCACCUCCACCCCCAUCUUUUUCAGGGUCAUCUCCAUCUCUCUCUGUCAAGAAUUUAAUUUCAUCGCCCCCUCCUCCUCCUCUGCUCCCUUCAUCCUUGGAGGAAUCUCCAUCAUCCUCUCUCAAGCACUCAAGUUCAGCUCCCCUUGCUCCUCCCCCUCCUUCAUCCUUUCUAGGAACAUCAUCCUCUGUCAAGAAAUCAGUCUCACCCCCCACUCCCCCUCCACCUCCCUUCCUUCCAGGGAAUGUCAUCCUCUGUCAAGAUCUCAGUUUCAACCCCACCUCCCCCUCCUCCACCUCCAUUUCAGGAAGGCCACCGUCAUCCACAGUCAAGAACCCCUCCACUGAAGCUCCCCCUCCCCCUCCACCCCUUGGUUCUGCUUCUUCCGCAGUCACGUCUAGCCCCACUCCACCUCCUCCACCUCCUCCACGUUUAGGCCCUGCCUCAACUUCAACUGUAACACCUUCUGCACCACCACCGCCCCCUCCUCCAGCUUUGGCACCGAAGGAGUCCUUAUCCCAGAAUGCUGCACAUGUGCCACCUGUACCACCUCCUCCUCUUCCCAAUGGGGUAUCAAAAUCUGGUGGUUCCCCCACAUCCAACUCCAGGGAUAGUAAUGGUAAUAUUCCUUCAAUUCCUGGACCACCUUCUGGUGUUCCAUUUAGUCUGAAGGGACGGGGCCUAACGCGUCCAAGUUCUAGAAAUCAGCCUCAACCUAAAAAGGCCAAUCUAAAGCCAUAUCAUUGGCUAAAAUUAACAAGAGCGAUGCACGGAAGCUUAUGGGCUGAAGCACAAAAAGCUGAUGAAGCAACCAAGCCUCCAGAGUUUGACAUGAAAGAACUCGAGAGUCUUUUUUCUGCGGCUGCUCCAAAUUCAGACAAUGGGAAUACGGUUGGAAAAUCUGGUGGCCAUGCCAAAGGACCUAAAUCUGAAAAAGUUCAGCUGAUUGAGCUAAGACGGGCAUAUAAUUGCGAAAUAAUGCUUACUAAAGUAAAAAUCCCUUUGCCUGAUUUGAUGAGUUCAGUGCUUGCCUUGGACGAUUCUGCAUUAGAUAUUGAUCAGGUUGAGAACCUCAUAAAAUUUUGUCCAACAAAAGAAGAGAUGGAAUUACUCAAGGGUUACAAUGGAGACAAGGAAAACUUGGGAAAAUGUGAACAGUUUUUCCUUGAACUAAUGAAAGUUCCACGGGUAGAGCCCAAGCUCAGAGUUUUCUCAUUUAAAAUACAAUUCCAUACCCAGGUUUUCGACCUCAGAAGGAAUUUGAACACCGUCAAUUCAGUGGCUGAUGAGAUCAGAAGUUCGGAAAAGCUGAAAAGGAUCAUGCAAACCAUUCUUUCUUUGGGUAAUGCCUUGAAUCAUGGGACUGCAAGAGGUUCUGCUAUUGGAUUUCGAUUGGAUAGUCUCCUUAAGCUCACUGAUACACGAGCCCGUAAUAACAAGAUGACUCUCAUGCAUUACCUCUGUAAGGUGCUUGCAGAGAAGCUGCCAGAACUUCUUGAUUUUCCGAAAGACCUAGUUAGUUUGGAGGCUUCAACAAAGGUACAAUUGAAAUAUUUGGCAGAGGAAAUGCAAGCCAUUAGUAAAGGGCUAGAGAAGGUUGUGCAAGAGUUGACUGCCUCCGAAAAUGAUGGUCCUGUGUCAGAAACGUUUUGCAAGACGCUAAAGGAGUUUCUCGGUCAUGCUGAAGCCGAAGUGAGGUCGCUGGCAUCACUUUAUUCUACUGUGGGGAGAAAUGCAGAUGCAUUAGCUCUUUAUUUUGGGGAAGAUCCUGCUCGUUGCCCGUUUGAGCAAGUUGUAUCUACUCUGUUCAACUUUGUGAAGUUGUUUGUCCGAGCGCAUGAGGAAAACUGUAAGCAGCUUGAAUUUGAAAAGAAGAAAGCACUCAAGGAGGCGGAAAAUGGGAAGAUGAAAGCGGGAAAUCUUUCCAAAAAAGACUCCGAGCUCUUGAUACAGAAUCAGUAUGAGUGCCAGCAUUAAGUCGUAAUGAUAUAUAUCACCGUUGUUCCCUUUCACAACCAAAGCUGUUCUCCGGUGGAUAUAUUUUUUCACUCCGUGGAUGAAGUUCGUCGAAAGGUUCAGAGGAUCGUGAACACAAAUACAGCUGAGACAUCCAAUUCUGGUGACGUGCAGAAGAACGUUUUCGUCUUCAUUUUAAAGUAAAGCCGGUGGUGGUAUACAGAAGGAAGAGGUCACCUUAAGUAAGAUGCUGGAGUGUAUACGGAGUCCGGUUCAACAAGCGACUUGUACCAUACGAAUGAAGAAUUUUGUUGUAUAAAUAUACACAGUAGCUAGCUUUUUAGGUUUCCUUUUCGGCUUUUCCCAUCCCUAAUUUUAGUUGUAGGGAUGUAAAUCUUUGAUACAAGGGAAUAGAAAAAGGCAAUAUAAUCUAAUUUUUUUGAGAA